CCAUAUCCGUGCCCUCGUAUAUAUAUACACCCGAGGAUGAGUUCUUCUCACUGCUGCCCUCCUCCUCGACUCUUGGUCCCCGCCGUAGGCCGUGAAGAAGAGAAACCGCCAUCAUGUCCGACAAGAAGAUGACUUCGAGCCGCAGGCAUCAUCUGAAGAGUUUGAUGCUGCAGAUCGCGGCGAAAUGGAUCAUACAGGAGAAAAAGGACAUUGAAGCCGCCAAGCAGGCCUACAUGUCGGAAAACUGUCCUCCACCCAACGUGAGCGGAGACCAGGCCACCCUCAUGGAAACCUGCAAAAAGCUUCACGCCAAAAUGGACAAAGUGGAUGAAGAGCGGUACGACUUGGACACUAAAGUGGGCAAAGCUAAUAAAGAGAUUGAAGACCUGAAGAUCAAAGUGGUCGACCUGGCCGGAGUGAAGAAACCCGCUCUGAAGAGAGUCCGUAUGUCCGCUGACGCCAUGCUGAAGGCUCUGCUGGGCUCCAAACAUACGGUCAACAUGGACCUGAGGGCCAACCUGAAGCAGGUGAAGAAGGAGGUCAAGGAGGAGCCUCUAGAGGCGGCCGGUGACUGGCGUAAGAACAUCGAGGACAAGGCCGACAGGAAGAAGAUGUUCGAGACUUCCUAAAGAUUCGACCUCCGCUCCUCUAGUUGCUCUUCGGCUUUUAGCACUUUUUAUGGAAUCUAUGGAAUUUGUAAUUGAAUUGAAAUCCCUUUUUGUUUCAUUAAAUCUGUGAGUUUCA